UAUUUUCAUGGCUGUCAUAAGUUGACACCUACUUCAGAAAUUAUGUUUGUUUGAUCCAAGGUUUGAGUGGAUAAAUCAUUCGCGAUGUUUUCCAGAUCGAAAGGAUGGUUGCCUGGACUAUUGUCUAAACCUAAAAAUCCACAUUCCCUGGAACAUUUAAAGUACUUGUACAAUUUGCUGUUGAAGAACCAAAUAGUGCAUGAACACAACAGAAGUUUGCUGGUUGAGACGUUGAGGUCCAUUUCAGAAAUCCUUAUAUGGGGUGAUCAAAAUGACAGCAGUGUAUUUGAUUUCUUCUUGGAAAAGAACAUGCUGUCGUUUUUCCUGCGAUAUCUGCGACAGAAAUUGGGACGAUUUAUAUGUGUGCAACUCCUACAGACUCUGAACAUCCUGUUUGAGAACAUAAGCAACGAAACAUCCUUGUAUUACCUAUUGUCAAACAAUCACAUCAAUGCUAUCAUAGUCCAUAGAUUUGAUUUCUCAGAUGAAGAGGUUAUGGCUUAUUAUAUCUCAUUCCUGAAGACUUUGUCUUUGAAGUUGAAUCGUCACACUAUUCAUUUCUUUUACAAUGAGCACACCAAUGAUUUUGCCCUGUACACAGAAGCUAUAAAGUUUUUUAAUCACUCGGAGACCAUGGUGAGGAUUGCAGUGCGAACCAUUACAUUAAAUGUGUUUAGAGUCCAAGACAACGCCAUGCUGAGGUAUAUAAAGGAUCGGACAGCAGCCCCAUACUUCUCUAACCUUGUUUGGUUCAUAGGCAUGCAUAUACUUGAUCUGGACAGCUGUGUACGCAACGAUGCAGGGCAUCAAAGUCGUAACUGGUUGUCAGACCUAGUGGCUGAACACUUAGAUCACCUGCAUUACAUGAACGACAUCCUGAAUAUCCAGAUUGACUCACUAAAUGAUGUGUUGACGGACCAGCUCCUGAACCGACUCCUCAUUCCUCUCUACGUGUACUCCCUUACCAUGAGGAAGAAACAUUCCGAUAGAACGCUUCAGAGAAAACAUGUAUCGUCAGUGGUGUCCCUGUUCCUGCUGUCACAGGUGUUUCUGAUCAUCAGUUACUCACCACUGGUCAGACAGCUGGCAGAAAUCAUAUUCCAAGGAGAUGUAGAUAUACUUAGACUCGAGUCAUCAGAGGAAAUGCCAACAAGGCGUGUGAGAGCAUUUACUGCCCCAGAAGAAACCUUGGAGAAGACAUUCGAUACAAGCAGUAUGAGGCCAUCAGUGGAUCCAUCAGCGGAACAGAGCCCAAGGAUACAGGAGGGAAACUCCACAUUCUUUACCAAGGAAGCCACAACCAGCACAACAGUAGGCAUUGAGGAAGCCUCUUCACCCGAAACAGAGCGAAUGUCCAGCCCAGUGAAUGAAGUAGUGUCUGGUGACAAUGAUUUGUCAAGUCCAAACCAGAAUUCAACAGACGAGGAAAAACUUCUCAGUUCAUUAAGCCGCACGCAGAACUAUGAACUGCCAACUUCCAUCUCAAUAGAACAGAGACAAGCUUCAUUCUCUCUUAACAAAAGGCCAUAUUUAGAAUCCAUCUUCAAUGCAUUGGAGUGUACAGAGAAUGACUAUGAGGCUCUGUUUGGACUUUGUCUGUUAUACGCCAUGGGACACAAUGAUGGUCUUCACCAAGGUUUAAUGGAUACUGUUCUCAUGCCGACCGAGAAGUGUGAGACAAAAGACCAUUACAAUGUGGCAUUGGUAGAAAGAUUAAUCAAGAUCAUCACUCUGGCAUGUCAGCAUGGUGAGUAUAGCAACCAGUGUUCUAUAAACCUCCUACACAACUCUCACAAAGAGUUCUAUAAACCCCCUACACAACUCUCACACAGUGGUGAAGAAAUUUUCCUAGAUAUGUUUGAAGAUGAAUACAGAGAAAUGAAAAGUCGGCCAAUAAAUGUGGAGUACUUUAUGAUGGAUGCCUCCAUUCUGUUACCCCCCACGGGAACGCCACUGACUGGGAUAGGUUUCAACAAGAGGCUGCCAUGUGGAGAGAUGGAGAGAGCCCGAAGGGCGAUCGGAGUGUUUAUCAUGGUGCGGGACCUGUCUCUGUGUCUGAUGCAUGAGGAGGAAACACAGCUGCCUCUCACCAAGGAGAAAGCCUGUGUCAAGGUGUCUGAGAUACUAGACCUUAAUAACAGUGACUUGAUUGCCUGUACUAUAGUGACAAAGGAAAGGAAACAAGAGAGGCGUUUUUUAGUGAUUGACAGCGUCCAGAUGAUACUGGUAGAACCGGACACCAAGCGACUGGGUUGGGGUGUGGUCAGAUUUGUCGGUUUACUUCAGGAUGUGGAAGUCAUGGGGGACAAAGAUGACAGCCGUUCUCUACAUAUCAACAUCCACAAGCCAGCAAGCUCCCAACACACAAGGCCGAUGUCAUUACUUUCAGCACGCUUCCUCUUCGAUGACCACAUACGCUGUAUGGCCGCCAAACAACGAUUGUCCAAGGGGCGGCUGAAGGCCCGGCAACUAAAGAUGCACAUGAUAGAGAGACUACUAGACAUUCCUUCUGACAGCAGCUCCAGGACACAUACUCCUGUGUCCAAGUCUAAGGCAUACCCAGGACGAGGUCAUGCAGUGCGAGUAACCACUGGUCAUACGCCGAGUCCAACACCGUCUGAAAACUCCACUGAAUCCCAAUCCCAGGGGGUGACUAAGUCAGGGCACAGACUGCUACCAAAUGUGCCGGACGAGGCUGCACGCAUGAAGAGUGGUUCCAAGAAGACUGUUCCCCCUGGUAAACAAGACAUUGAGGUGGCUGAGGAAGCGACAAGCUUUGCCUACCAUUCCUUUAAUCAACAGACGGGUGGGGCCUCACCCAGUCGACAUUCCCCCUCUCCUGUUGAGUCACAGGACAUUCCUCUUGAGGACUUGUCAAAGAAGAAGAAGAGGCAUUCUGCACGUAAAAUGUCAGAUUCUAAAAUAAUGACUCUUGCAUCGAGUUCACACAGCAGAAGUCAUUCACACAGUCCAAAGAGGCCGGAGGGAAUCAAGCCGAGCCGAGGUCGAUCUACCUCUCUGGCUAUUGAGAGUGAAAAACGUGAUCGUAGUUCCACACCAGUCAGACGACAGCACAGUAAAAGUAGUCCACCUACUUAUGUGUCAUCUAAUCAGUCAAGAUCUCGGGCUUCAUCAACUUCAUCAGAUGAAGAAAUCACUAGGCAAAAACUGAAGGGGAAAGAGAUUGCCCACCAGUCGCCCAAGACUCUCCGACCAGCUGAGGCACCAACUCUAUCACUCCUCCCUCAGGGAGAGAAUGGUGCAUGUAUACCUUCAAGUAGUGAUGACUCUCCAAAAUUGAUGGCCCCUGCAGAGAUGGAUCGUAUCCGAAGUCUGAGUGACACAUCCAGUACCAGCAGUGGAGGCAGUCAGAUUGACAUUGUAUUACAGGGGAAGAGCAAGGAAGACAAACAGGCAGGGAGGCCUCAGUUUGCCUACAACACACCAAAAGGGGCCGAGGCCGAAGUGAGCACAGCCAGUGUGGAACAAGGCAGUGUUGCUAGGUCUGAUCACCAAAACAAAUCAACAUCUGACCAGCUCACAAAGUUAGCCCAGAUUGUACAGGAGCAUUACAAGUUCUCUAAGGAUGAUGGUGGCGGACAGCAGCAGACCUCACUAUCACCCUCUUCUUCUAGUUCUCAGAGUACUGAAACUAGUGGUGUGUAAUGCUCACAGGCCUGUGUUGUCUUUAUACUUCUUAUAAGGAGGGUGUAGAGUUGGAAAUCCUAACUCCUUAUACUUAUUGAAGGAACAGGGCAGUAUUUGAUUUCUCCACACCCUCGCAUGCCUUGAGGAAGAAGGCAGGGUAUCUCAGGAUGUGGUGAAGUAAGGAUGUCCUAAUGUAGGGAUAGUGGUGUUAUGGAAAUGGAGGGCUAUUAUAUAUAGGGGUAGAUUGGAAUGUAAAAGGAACUUUUUGCAGUUAAAUGUAACAGAGUUUAAAACAUGUGUUUAUUUUAUGUUGCAAUUAAUAUCAGACACAGGUGAACAAGUGCUCACCUAGUUAAGUUGUGUGACCCUUUCCCCAGUUUGUGUUACAUUUGGUGAUCUUGUGUGAUAUAUAGAUAUGAUAAUUAUGUUGGUUAUGUUCCUUAUAAAACUCUAUAUGCCACAUGCAGAACAUGUUUCUGGUGUAACAGAAAACCUUUCUUUAUCAGAAAGAGGUCAGCCAGGGGUCACUCAGGUGUAUUAUUUGCACAACAGGAGAGUUCAAGGUCAGUAAGAUGUAUUAUUUAUGUAACAGUAGUGUUCAGUCAGGUUUAUAGUGGUCAGUCUUGCCUGUAGUGCUACUGUGAUCAACGACCAUUAGUUACAAGACAAUCAUGACUGAUAAAUCUUUAAAAGUUUGUUUUUUGUAGUUUAUUCAACGAAUUUUAUUUUUUGACAGGAACAACACUUUUCAGUGAUGUUUUGUCAUUCACAAGUAGAUAGAAAUUCUUAGUAAAUCAGACCUGUUUUAUAGUUCUGUGGAUAAAGGGUGUUUAAACAAAGCGCUCAAGUUGACAUUGAAAUGAGGGCCAAGUACUGUAUGUAUAGCUUAUAUCUAAUAGCUGAUAAUGGGCUACUUUAGAUUAGAAUGUACUGGAAUAAGAUUUUCUUCAUAUGUAAGAUACAGGUAAAAUCAAACUGUUAAGAUUACCUGUAAACAUUUUGAUCAUAAUAUUAUGUAGUAUUUACAUAAGUUUACCUUAGAUAUUGUUAGUACAAUGUAUAUAAGAAAUACAUAUUCUCAGAAUAGAUCCUGUUUCGUUGUAACAAUAAUAUUGUUAUACAUAUAAAUCCAGUUUUAUUGUAAAAUGCAGUCUUAUUGUAAAAGUCACUGGAUCUCAUUUUUAUGGCCCAAAGGGCCAGGUGAGCUUAUGGCAUGGCAGGUGUCCGGCCGGCGUCAACUUUUUACUUUAAACAACUUCUU